GGACGACGACGACUCUGACUACCCCGAAGAGAUGGAGGAUGAAGACGAUGCCAGUUAUUGCACUGAGAGCAGCUUCAGGAGCCACAGCACCUACAGCAGCACCCCAGGUAGGAGAAGACAGAGAGUGCAUCGUCCUCGUUCUCCAAUAUUGGAAGAAAAAGAUAUCCCACCCUUGGAGUUUCCUAAAUCCUCGGAGGACUUAAUGGUGCCUAGUGAGCAUAUAAUGAAUGUUAUUGCCAUCUAUGAGGUACUAAGGAACUUUGGCACUGUUUUACGCCUCUCUCCUUUUCGUUUUGAGGACUUCUGUGCUGCUCUGGUAAGUCAAGAGCAGUGCACACUUAUGGCAGAGAUGCAUAUAGUGCUUUUAAAAGCAGUUUUACGUGAAGAAGACACUUCAAAUACUACCUUUGGACCUGCUGACCUCAAAGAUAGCGUUAAUUCCACUUUGUAUUUCAUAGAUGGAAUGACGUGGCCAGAGGUUCUGCGGGUAUAUUGUGAGAGUGACAAGGAAUACCAUCAUGUUCUUCCUUACCAAGAGACAGAGGACUAUCCUUAUGGACCAGUAGAGAAUAAAAUCAAAGUUCUGCAGUUCUUAGUGGAUCAGUUUCUUACAACAAACAUUGCACGUGAAGAGUUAAUGUCAGAAGGUGUUAUUCAGUAUGAUGAUCAUUGUAGGGUUUGUCACAAACUUGGGGAUUUGCUUUGCUGUGAAACUUGUUCAGCUGUAUACCAUUUGGAGUGCGUGAAACCACCUCUUGAAGAGGUACCAGAAGAUGAAUGGCAGUGUGAAGUCUGCGUAGCACAUAAGGUGCCUGGAGUAACUGACUGUGUUGCUGAAAUCCAAAAAAAUAAACCAUACAUUCGACAUGAACCUAUUGGAUAUGACAGGCAUAGACGAAAAUACUGGUUCCUGAACAGAAGAAUCAUUAUAGAGGAAGAUUCAGAAAGCGAGAAAGAAAAGAAAAUCUGGUACUAUAGCACAAAGAUACAGCUGGCAGAGUUAAUCGAAUGCCUGGAUAAAGAUUACUGGGAAGCUGACCUAUGCAAAACUCUGGAAGAAAUGCGUGAAGAAAUUCAUCGGCACAUGGAUGUGACAGAAGACCUUACUAAUAAAGCAAGGGGCAACAACAAGUCUUUUCUUUCUGCAGCAAACGAUGAAAUUUUGGACAUUAUCAGAGCAAGAAAAGGAGAACUAGUGGAAGAUAAAAAUACAGCGGAUGAUGAAGCAGAAAAGGCCAAAAGUGAUGUUGAUAAUGACCAGACAGAUGCUGAGAGAGGCAAGGAAGAAUCUGGAGACCAGGAUAAAACUGAGGAAACACCCACUGAGCAAGAGGCGGAAAAAGUGAAAACAGAAGAGGCAACAGUCGUUGGGGAUAAAAGUAACUCUGUGACAUCAAGCACUGAUGACAGCAACACAAAUCCUUCUGCAGGAGAGACUAGUUGCUCUGAAGGGAAGAACGCAAUGGGGUGUCAGUCAGAAACCCUUGAUAGCAACAACGUGGCAGAGAAGAAGGUGGCAUCAGAGCUCCCUCAGGAACUCUCAGAAGAAACUGGUCAAAUGAUCCCUAGCAACAGUAGCAGUGUGUCUGCUGCAUCUCUGCACUCGGAUGUUGAAAACAGCAACAGCAGUGAGCUGGGCUCUGGGCAGAAUGACUCCAUUAAGACACCUGACGAUGCUGAAAAUGCAGAGAGGGGAUCCCAGACUUCAGAGGACAUAGGAGAGAAAUCUAAUGGUGAAAGAAGUGAUUCUCCAGGCGCCGGAAAAGGCACGCCAGGGUCGACGCGAAUGCUCACAAGAUUACGAAAUCCAGAUAGCAAGUUGAGCCAGAUGAAAAGCCAGCAGGUUGCUGCUGCAGCACAUGAAGCAAAUAAGUUAUAUAAAGAAGGCAGAGAGGUUCUGGUGGUCAACUCUCAGGGUGAAGUCUCCCGAAUGAACACAAAGAAGGAAGUUGUGAUGAAAGGAAAUAUCAACAAUUAUUUCAAAUUAGGGCAAGAGGGGAAGUAUCGUGUUUAUCAUAAUCAGUAUGCCACUAAUUCAUUCGCAUUGAACAAGCACCAGCACAGGGAGGACCACGACAAGAGACGACAUCUCUCGCAUAAAUUCUGUCUGACUCCUGCUGGAGAGUUCAAAUGGAAUGGGUCUGUGCAUGGGUCCAAAGUUCUUACCAUAUCCACUUUGAGACUAACUAUUAUUCAGCUAGAAAACAAUAUCCCGGCAUCGUUCCUUCAUCCUAACUGGGCAUCCCACAGGUCUAACUGGAUUAAGGCUGUUCAGAUGUGCAGCAAACCUAGAGAAUUUGCACUAGCGCUGGCUAUAUUGGAAUGUGCAAUUAAACCAGUUGUCAUGCUGCCAAUCUGGCGGGAAUCGUUGGGGCACACUAGAUUACGCAGAAUGACAGCAAUAGAAAGAGAAGAAAAGGAGAAAGUGAAAAAAAAAGAGAGAAAACAAGAAGAAGAAGAAACAAUGCAGCAAGCUACAUGGGUGAAAUACACAUUUCCUGUCAAACAUCAGGUUUGGAAGCAAAAAGGAGAAGAAUACAGAGUGACGGGAUAUGGUGGCUGGAGCUGGAUUAGUAAAACACAUGUCCACAGGUUUAUGCCCAAACUGCCUGGAAAUACUAAUGCAAAUUACAGAAAGUUGCUACCAACAAAGAAUGAAGAUGAAAAAUGCAACUUGGAUAAACGAAAAGGUCCAAUUAAGGUGAAAAUAGAGAAAGACAAAACAAAGGAUUCUCAUGACCUUCAAGCAAAAGACAAAGAUGUUUCAGCAACCGUGGAGAAAGUACAAAUGAAAGAAGAAAAGUCUCGUGAGGAAAAAGUAGAAGUUGAUACAAUUUCUGAAAGUUUAGAUCAUGCAAAAGACAAAGUGGAAAAAGAAAUCGAUGGUGAAAAUGAUAAAGUCAUCAAGGAAGAACCGAUGGAUGUAGAUGAUGUGAAAAUUGAAUCCCCCAUAAAAGAUGAGGAUAGUCAUUGUAAGCUGGAUAUAAUCAAUGUCAGCGAGGGAUUUCAUUUAAGGACUUGCUACAAAAGGAAAGUAAAAUCAUCAAAAUUAGAUGGACUACUUGAGAGGCGAAUAAAACAGUUUACACUGGAAGAAAAACAACGUCUAGAAAGGAUGAAGCUGGAGGCUAGUGCUAAAACAGUAGGCAUUCGAUCUGUAAGUCCCCAGAAAAACAUCGAUCAGCUGCAAAUGAGAAAAACAAAAGAAGGAAGCCAAUUUGACGUGUCUUCUCAAGAUCAAACAUAUAUUUCAGAUAAGACCCAAAAUGAAGAUGUGGAACAGGACUGCAUCUCUUGUACCAAAACUGGUGAGCUAGAUGAACCCUCUUUGCCUUUGACAACCAGGCUAUCAAAAAGAGAAGGCCAGCUACUGGAUGAAGGCUCACCUCAGUCCUCUGAAGGUGAAAGCUCCAUUCAGAAUGAGAGUAAAGAAAACAACCCUGAACCUAUGACUGCUGAUAAGUGUCAAGGACAUGAGGUUCUUGGAGAGUCUGAGAGUUCCUUUGUGGAUGCCUUGAAACAAACAAAUGCUGAAGGUAGAAUCAAAUGGGAUGUUUCAGAAACAAGCGAAAAACCUUUGAAACAAAAACUACCUAUUACCAGAGUAUCUCAGCGUGAACGUGAAAACUUAGAGCCAGUGGUAACUGAAAGCAGCUGUAGAAAAGAUGCUCUGGCCACCCUUGAAAAAACAGAUUCAGAAAGGAAUUCUGAACAGCAGAGCAAAGAUCCAGAAAACAAUUGCAUGAUAAAAAGCCAUAUUGAACCAACAUCCUCUCGAGAAAGUGAAAUGGAGGAAGAAAUUGCCCCAGGAAAGACUGAAAGUAAAUCUGAAAACAAGAUUUUAAUGCACCAAAAAUCAGUUAGUAAAGAUCUAGAACCAUUUAAACCAGAGCUAAUUUCUGAAAGAAACUUUGAAAGUCAAACUCUGGAACACAUGGAUGAGGUAGAAGUUGAUGAGGAUUUACUGAGCUCUAAACUAACUGAGGCUAAUGGUCAAAAGAAAGGUCAGGAACUGAAAGUGGAGACAAGUACCAUAAACAAGUAUCUUGAUCAGACAAAUCUAAACAGUGUUACUGACAAAAAGAGUAAUAAAGAAACUGAGGCAGACUUGGAAAAAUCAGCAUUUCAAAUGAACGGAAAAGACAAUGACAUUAAAGUAUUAUCAAACGAUGACUGCUUAGUUAAAGAUACCUGUGAAGCUAAGGCAGGGGGUGAUAUUGAACCAAAAGUUAAUAAUAUUAAUAAAUCCAUUCCGGAACACGAAAUAAAACCAUUGACUUUUAAGGAAUCUUCAGUAAAACCAUUCAUGAAUGGUGACAUCGUGAUAGAGGACACAAAGGACAAAAAUAAUGGGGACCCUAAGUCACAUCUGCACAGUUCACCUGCUUUUGAAUCUGGAGAGAGUCUUCAGCCACCAGAUGAAGUUCCCAAAUAUGUGCAGAAAACUGAAGAAAAACAGCUUUCUCCCGAGAGGCCUGCCUUUGUUCGCACUGCUUGCACACCAACGCACAGUGUCUGUAAAGAAAAUAACCUGAAUAGUGAAACAGAAUCUAUGGAAACUGAAGUAAUUGAGGAGAAGAAAGUUGCUCCAUCGCCUGUAACCUCAUGUGAGGAAUCUAGCUUGAGUAGUGACUUUGCUGAUCAGAAUGGCGUACAGACAUAUAAAAUGGAAGAUAUUAAUGGAGAAAGUAAAAUAAAAACUGUUAUUACUGAAGUGACUACCACAACAUCAACUGUGUCUACAGAAUCCAAAACUGUGUUCAAAGUUGCAGAGACUGUAGCUUCUAGUGAUGAGAAAACAACAGUGGUAUCAUCUACAGAAAAUUGUGCCAUAUCCACUGUAACUACCACCACUACUGUAACUAAGCUCACCGCUCCAACUACAGACAGUAAUGUCGAUGUCAUUUCUGUACAAGAGCAUAGUAAAACAGUGGUGACAACAACAGUAACUGAUUCCCUUACCACCCCAGAAGGCACAUUGGUGACUUCCAUGACUGUCAGCAAAGAAUAUUCUACAAAAGACAAAGUGAAGUUAAUGAAAUUUGCAAGACCCAAAAAAACUCGUUCUGGAACUGCCUUACCAUCCUACAGAAAAUUUGUUACCAAAAGCAGUAAAAAAAGCAUAUUUGUUUUACCCAAUGAUGAUUUAAAAAAGCUGGCCAGAAAAGGAGGAAUCAGAGAAGUUCCCUAUUUCAAUUACAAUGCAAAGCCUGCCUUGGAUAUCUGGCCAUAUCCAUCCCCAAGGCCAACUUUUGGGAUCACUUGGAGGUACCGACUUCAAACAGUAAAAUCAUUGGCUGGAGUGAGUCUUAUGUUGCGAUUAUUGUGGGCGUGUCUCAAAUGGGAUGAUAUGGCAGCAAAAGCUCCACCUGGGGGAGGAACUACACGUACAGAAACAUCUGAAACUGAAAUUACAACAACAGAAAUAAUAAAGCGAAGAGAUGUCGGUCCAUAUGGAAUUCGGUCAGAGUACUGUAUAAGAAAAAUUAUUUGUCCCAUUGGUGUACCAGAGGCUCCGAAAGAAACUCCAACACCCCAGAGGAAGGGACUGCGAUCAAGUGCACUAAGGCCAAAAAGGCCAGAAACACCCAAGCAAACGGGCCCUGUUAUAAUUGAAAGUUGGGUAGCAGAGGAGGAAUUGGAACUAUGGGAGAUCAGGGCUUUUGCUGAAAGGGUGGAGAAGGAAAAGGCACAGGCAGUUGAACAACAGGCUAAGGUUAGUGAACAGAAGAAGGCAGAGGAAUUCAAGGCCCAAUUGGAGGCUCAACUAAAACACCAACGAUUGGCUGCCCAGCAGAAACGGCUGGGACAGCAGAAGCAGAUACCUACAGCAGGUGUGGCCCCCGCAGUCACUACAGCCAGCAGCACUGCAACUACUGUCUCAACGCCACAGAAAGUUGUGGUAGGGCCUUUAGCGGGCCCAGUCCCCACUGGAACCAAAGUAGUACUUACUACAAAAGUGGGUUCUCCAGCUACCGUAACAUUCCAACAGAACAAGAAUUUCCAUCAGACUUUUGCUACUUGGGUUAAACAAGGCCAAUCUUCAACAGCCACUAGCACAGCUGCCACUUCAGCCACAACCAUUGCCAGCACAGGGCAGACCUUCCAGAUCUCAGGCAGUCCAGUAACGAUGGCAGGGAAAGUGAUAACUAAGCUGCCACUCCCUGCAAACAGCAAGAUUGUUGCCGUCAAUGUGCCAUCAACUCAAGGAGGUGUUGUUCAAGUUCAGCAAAAGGUAUUGGGUAUCAUUCCAUCAACUACAGGUGCAAGUCAAACAUUUACUUCAUUCCAGCCAAGGACAGCAACUGUAACCAUUAGGCCAAAUACCACAGGGACGUUAGGAACAACAAGCACUUCACAAGUAGUGCAAGGGACACCGCUCCGCCCUGGUAUGACAGUGAUACGGACACCACUUCAGCAGUCAACGCUUGGAAAGACCAUCAUCCGAACACCUCUAGUGGUGCAACAAGGUAUUCUUCCAGCCAGUCAGACACAGCAAGUGGUGACUCAAAUAAUCAGGGGUCAGCCUGUCUCAACAGCAGUUACUAGUACCAGCACAGCUUCUUCCAGUGCUGGACAGAAGACAGUCACAAGUCCUGGAACACCACCUCAGCAAAUACAGCCACAAACCCCAUCACAGCCCCCUCGCCCUCAGCAGGGACAAGUGAAGCUUACUAUGGCCCAACUCACACAACUAACACAAGGACAGGGUGGCAGUCAAGGAUUAACUGUGGUAAUUCAGGGACAAGGUCAAACUACUGGUCAAUUACAAUUAAUCCCUCAGGGUGUGACUGUAAUACCUGGUCCUGGACAACAGCUUAUGCAAGCAGCUAUGCCAAAUGGUACAAUUCAGAGAUUUCUUUUCACCCCACUACCAGCAGCUGCUACUACAGCUAGCACAACUACAACAACAGUUUCUACUUCAACCUCAGCUACAGGGGAACAGAAGCAAGCUGUACAGGCACAGCCAACAUCAGUGCUGCCACCAGUUCAGCCACAGCCUCAGAGUCAGCAGCAAGCCCAGCCUCAAGUGCAGAAUCAGAGUACUCAGCCUGCGCCGCUGGCCCAGCCGCAGGCACCUCAGCCAGCGCUUCAGCCUGAAACUCAGAGCCAGCCUGAAUCUCAGACGCCGGCAUCUGUUGACUCUCCAGUCACAUCUGAAGCACAAUCAUCUAAAUCUCCAGUUCAGUCUCCAGCACAGACCCAGGCUCAAGGGCAGUCUCCAGUGCAAGUCCAGAGUCAGCCGCAGACUGCAAUCCUUCCACAAGGCCAGUCCCAAGUCCAGCCUCGGCAACCAGCUCAGGUGCAGACUACAACCCAACAACAGAUUCAGAUGCAGCCCCAUGCUCCCAUACAAAUUCAAGCUCAGCUGCAGCAAUCACAACCUCAGGUUCAGACUUCAGUCUCAACCCUUCCAACUACUCAAAGUUUAAAUCAGGUUCCUGUGCAAUCCCCAACUCGUCCUCAGCUGCAACUUCAGCAGCCUCCAACAAAAGUUAUUACAGUGCCUCAGCUUCAGCAACAAGUCCAAGUUCUCUCUCAGCUUCAGUCACAUGUUGUGGCUCAGAUACAAGCCCAACAAGGCAGUGUGCCCCAGCAGAUCAAGCUUCAGUUACCUAUUCAGAUCCAACAAACUAGCCCAGUACAGGCUCACCAGAUUCAGAAUGUGGUAACAGUUCAAGCAGCUAGUGUUCAGGAGCAGCUGCAGAGAGUUCAGCAGCUCAGGGAGCAGCAACAGAAGAAAAAGCAGCAACAGAUAGAAAUUAAACGUGAGCACACCCUUCAGGCUUCUAAUCAAAGUGACAUUAUCCAGAAACAGGUGGUUAUGAAACAGAAUGCUGUCAUAGAACACUUGAAACAGAAGAAGACACUGACUCCAGCUGAGAGGGAAGAAAAUCAGAGAAUGAUUGUGUGCAACCAAGUGAUGAAAUAUAUUCUGGAUAAGAUAGACAAAGAAGAAAAACAGGCAGCUAAGAAACGAAAGCGAGAAGAGAGUGUAGAACAGAAGCGUAGUAAACAGAAUGCUACUAAGCUCUCAGCUCUGCUUUUCAAGCAUAAAGAGCAGCUGAAAGCUGAAAUAUUGAAAAAAAGAGCACUUCUGGACAAAGAUCUACAAAUUGAAGUGCAGGAGGAGCUAAAGAAAGACUUGACUAAAAUUAAGAAAGAAAAAGAAAAAGCCCAGGCAGCUGCUGCAGCA